AAAUUUCAGGGAAGCGAGGGAGGCCAAUGAUAUUCUGAAAAACCUCAGACCCAAGAAUUCAAUAUGAAAACCCUCAUAAUCCCUCUUUCCCAAAUCAGCCCUAGCUUAAGGGGCCUCUAGGGUUUCAAUCUCUAUAUAUCAAUCAGGCGCAGCUGCAGCAUAGUUUCUCACAGUUGCUGAAACAAAAAGAAGACAAAAGAAAUCAGAUGGAUGAGACAAAAUUUCAGUAGUGCAUUACAGGGUUGGCUUUGAAUGGUGAAGAAAUCUAACCUGCUUGAAAGCAAAAUGACUCUAGAAGAUUUCUUUACCCUGACUGAGAUGAAGGAUGGUCUUAUGGUCCUGUCUAGAGUUGAGGAGCUGGUAAGAGUAAUGCAGAAGGAUAGCAAUUGCGUUGUGAAGAAUUUUCCUGAGGCAGCCAGACAGUGGUCUGCUGUUGCAAGUGCCUUGGCAGCCACUGAGAAUAAGGAUUCUCUUGAUCUUUUUAUCCGGUUAGAUGGAAUCCGGUUUCUUAAACACUGGCUUCAGGAAGCUCAAAAGUGUACCGAGGACAACAUCGAUUGCUCUGUGGAAGAAUCGAUCACUUCAUUGUUAGGAGCACUUGAAAAGCUGCCUAUUGAUCAGGAAUGUUCAAAAUCUUCUGGGAUUGAAGUUACUGUUAAGAAUCUUUUUGGUCACAAGAGCUCAAGGGUUGUGGAUAGGGCAAAAGCUCUGUAUCAUAGUUGGAACAAAGGAAGGAACAGUGAUUCAGAUAACUCAAAUGUUGUCAGAGAUGGCACCUGCUAUGAUAAUGAGGUUUCAGCUUCUGCAGUAGUUGCUGUGGAGAGUGGAAGUUCUGAACAUUCUGCUGUUGAAAUUUCUUCAUUAAGAGAAAAUGGCAAUGCAGAAAAAGCUGGUGAAGAGAAUUUUUCUACUAAGACAGAAUUUUCAACACCUCCUGAAGGGACUGCCUCCACUGAGGCACUUGAUUGUUCAGUUUCUGGUAAAGGUGAUAUUGAAGAGAGCUUGGAUGCCUCAAAGCCUAAAGAUUCCACUGAUGAUGUGAAGAGGACAAAAUUCUCAGAGGGUUGCAUGCUUGGUCCAAUGGAAGUUUCUUCUGAUGCUGUUACAUCAAUGCCUGUGUGUAGUUCUUCACCUUCUGAUUAUCCAAGUCAGGGGUCUGAUAAAAACCCUGAUGUACCAAGUCAUCUCGAUGUCAAAGUGAGAGACUCCUGUCCUAAGAGCUGCCCUGACAGUGAUCUGAACAUGAUUGCGUCUGAGUCUACUAAAAUGAAAGUGAAACAUAAAGCUACAGGUGAAUGCCUUCCAAAUGUUUUGCGGGACUUGACUUGUGAAGUGGACAGCUUGAGUAAACCGGAGAAUCCCGAGUCUUCUUUUUCAAGAGCUGAAGAUACUAGUUCUGUCAAAGAUGUUGGCGAGUUGAGCAUGGAGGUGGGCAGAGGGGAAGAUUCAGUAAUCACAGAUAAUCUGUCAAAGCUGAAGACAGUCACCAAAGAUUCUGAUAGGAUGGAUGGUAGGUUGCAAUCUGAGCCCAAAUGUGCAGUUAAUGAUGAUGCUUUAGAAGUUGCUCAGCGAAUUGCUGGUGAGUUGGAGGAAGAAUUGGGGAAUUACAGUGAGCCAUUCUGCAGCUCUUCAGAGAAAAGAUAUAGUAAGAUGGAUCAACCUGGUAGCCCUGAUUCUGUCAAUGGAAAACCGGUACAUGGAACAGAAGCUACACAAAAUCUUUCAGGUGGAGCUUCUCAUUGUGAAGGAAAUAAUGUGGACACUGAACCUGAAGAUUGCAUUCAAGACACAGUUUCAUCCUUGGUAACUGGGAAUGCUCAAGAAGUGGUCAGUAAUUCUGGGAAAGGCAUGUUGGGUUUUGAUCUGAAUGAAGAAAUUUACCCUGAGGAAAUGGAUUGCCCUAAAACUCCCAUGUCUACUCCCAUUUCCAUUCUUGCCACAUCAGGACCACCAGCAGUUGCUAGGCCACCGUUGGUUCCUAUACAGGUUGAAGGGGGCUCUGCUGUUACCAGUGCCUUCCAUCCUGCAGAUCUAGAAAAAACAUCUGACGUUUAUAAGACGGUAUCUGCUGAGGGAAGCAGCUACAGUUUGAAGCAGAGGCAGGACUUGCUUGAGAUUGAUCUGAAUGUGGCUGAUGAUGGUGUUGAUGGAGCAGCUGAUACAAUAAUUACGGAUCAGAUCCCUGCUUCAUCUGGCAUAAUUUCUGGUGAGUCUUUGGUUGAAGUGAACUCAAAGCGGGCAGAGAGGCUUAAUUUGGACCUGAAUCGUGUUGGUGAUGAUGAUGAUGCUCCGUCAUCACAUAGGAGGGAGGUGGACUCCUUUUAUCAUAAUCUGGAUGAGCAUCGUAGUCCCUCACAUGCUGCCUCAUCAUCAUCUAGGCAACCUUCAAUGAUUAACAUCGACUUGAAUGAAAAUCUUUCUUUCACUAAUGAUAUGUAUGACCAACAGAAUGAUCUUGGGCAAUCAUCUUCUAAAGAAAUGAGUGCUUCUGUAGGGUUUAAGCAGGAGGAUUCCGAUGUUCUGAUUAUUGGCUCUAGGGCACCAGUUAAUGGAAGGAACUUCACACCAUCCCAGUCUCUUCUGCUAAAUGGGCAGGUUGGCAAUUCAUCAAGGGGCACCAACUUGGCAAGGCCUCAAGGUGUCAUGGAGUUUCAGCAUCCAGUGGCUUGUGCAUCCUCGCCAUUUGGGUACAGUGGAUUUAUAAUGGGACCCUCUAUGACUCUCUCCACUGUGUCCGGACCAGGCUCCAUCCCUUACAUGAUAGAUUCAAGAGGAGCUCCUAUAGUACCGCAGAUAAUGGGUUCUGCAGUGACCUUUCCUCCUUCAUGCUCUCCGCAGCCAUUCCUAAUGGGCAUGAAUUCCCAACCAUUUCAUGUGAAUGGAGUUAAGCCUGCUAAGGCUGGUUUUGAUCUGAAUUCUAGCUUGAUGGUGGAAGGUGGGAACAGGGAAACUGGGGCUUUGAGGCCAGGGCAGAGUCAGUUGAUGGAGGGGUCUAUGUGGUCCACUUCACAGUGCUUGAAUUCAGGGAUUGGGAUGAAACGGAGUGAACCAGAUGGUGGCAUGGAACAUUAUCCAUUCAGUUACAAACAGCAAAGGGUAUGGCAGUAAGAGAUAUAAAGGUGCAUCCAAGGACCAAGGUGGCUCUCUCCUUCAGCACUGGGAAAAGAAACUUGAAGGAUCAGGUCGUAUAUUACGAGCUGUUCCAGGAGAAUAAGGCUGUAGUGAUGUAAAUUUGUUCUGGAGUUGAUUUCUGGAGAGAAUUUUCUUUUGCCCCUUCUAAAAGAAAUUUGUAUGAAAUUCAUCAAGGCAAUUGCUGCCCAAGAAAAGUGGUCUUGAGUAUGUAUAUCUUUCAUAAACAUAAUGAAAGUAUUGAGCCUUCUUUACAAGAAUCCUUUUGGUAGUGUUAAUGGCAAAACUCUGGUGGCAAGGCCUCUUGUCAGAACAUGUAUUAGAUUUAUCAUAAUAAGAAAUGGUGGUUUAUAAUAUGAAAAGGAGGGUUGCUCUGA